AUGGGAAAUUCGAAAAGUACUCGAAAAUUUUUGGAAUUGAGACGUUUAGAGGAAAUAACAGGCAUACCACGACAAAAAUUUUCGAAUUUGCACGACGAAUAUAAGCGUAAAAGUGCUGAUGAAAAUGAAGUGCUUGUGGAUAGAAGUGAUUGUCGUCAUUUUAUUAAUCAAGUGGGUGUUGGUGCUAAUAAUCAAAGAUUAGUGGAUACUGCUUUUGAAUUUUUUUUAUGUGACGGUAAAAUGACUACUGAACAACUUUUUUCUUGUGUGGUCAUGCUGAGUGAAACAAUGGAUGGUGUUGAUCGACUCACUUAUGUUAUUGAUACACAUAAUCCGAAAGGUGCUGAUGAAAAUAUUAUUACACGUAAAUAUGGUAGAAAAAUUUUGAAAUGUAUUAAUGAAUUCUUCGAUAUUAAAAAAGCUUCUCCACCAGCACAAGUUUGGAUUCAAGUAUGUGGUGGCACGGACAAUCCAGAAGUAACACGAGACCAAUUUAUUAAAUAUGUUAGUAUAACGUCUCCAUACCGCGAUUUUUUAGUUUAA